UUGAAUCAUUUGCAAUUUUACACGGGUAAAAUUAAGCCAAAAAAUGGAGUCCUCGAUUUUCGCGAUUUUCUUGUGGCUGGCAAGCACCACAAUUUUGACGCAGGCUAACACGAUCCCACAUCAGCAUUCAAUUUUGCUGAAAAAUAUUGAAGUGCUGGACGGCGAAGGGAAAUAUAUUUUAGGAUGGGAAAUUUCUGGAGAUGAAAUAAUUUUCGAAAUCGAGGCAGAAACUUUGGGUUGGGUAGGGUUUGGAAUUUCGCCGCAGGGUGGUAUGACCGGAGCGGACAUUUUUAUCGGGGGCGUUUUAUCAGAUGGAAGCCCAUAUAGUCAGGACCGAUUCGGAAUUGGCAGAAUGGAACCAAGACUCGAUGUUCAUGAAGACUGGAGACUGCUCGAAGCUAUGGAAUUGCCCUCGAUGGGAAAAACUAUCUUGAAAUUUUCCAGGCUACUUAACACCUGCGAUGAUGAGGAUUAUCCGAUCGGGAAUGAUACGAGCCGACUCAUUUGGGCGAUGGGAGCCGCAGAUGUUAUUCAGUAUCAUGGGAUCGAUCGUCGUGGAACAAAAUCAACCAAUUUGAUUCAUGCCGAACUACCAGAGUUGGAUUUAGAUAAGCUAACAAGAUACAUAUUAAUGGCUGAUGUGGAGAUGCCUUCGGUUCACACGUCAUACCGAUGCACCUUCCAUAAGGGACCCGAGCUCACCGAGAAACAGCAUGUUGUCGGAUUUAGCGCCGUUCUACCAUCCGUCGAAGCCUUGCAGCACACCCAUCACGCCAAUCUGUAUAACUGUUUUGUUCCCGCGGAUUCGGGUUUAACGCCGGACGAAGUAUUUGGAAAUUACACGAUCGACACGGGAUUUGCUGGAGGAGAUUGUUACGACUAUGAUACAACUCUACCGAUUUGGUACUGUAUGACGGGGAGCUUCUAUGUAUGGGCGAAAGGGGGGAAGACUUUAGUCUUCCCGGAAAAUGUCGGAUAUCCAAUUGGUGAACAGGCUGGAACACAGUACUACAUGAUGGAAAUUCAUUACGAUAAUCCUACCGAGAUAAGCGGAUUAAGAUUCGAGACCGGAAUGGAAUUUUAUUACACGAAUGAACUCCGCCAACACGAAGCCGCCGUGAUUACGCUUGGACAUGAAGUCGACGUCUCACUUUUGGUCCCGCCAAAUAUUUCAGAUUAUAAAGUUGUCGGUCACUGUGGUGCCGAAUGCACGCAACAUUGGCCGGAAGGCGGGAUUAAUAUCUUCAACUCGUUGUUGCAUUCGCAUUUGUCAGGUCGGAAAAUAAAGGCGCGCCAUUUCCGGGGAACCGAGGAACUUCCCUGGAUCGAUUUCGAUGGUCACUACGACUUUGAUUAUCAACAGAAUAAAGCUCUGCUGAGUCAUGUGAACAUUCAACCGGGAGAUCAUAUCACAGUGGAAUGUGACUACGAUUCAACCUGGAAAAACGGUGAGAUCGUGUUAGGAGGGUUGGGAACGCGGGAAGAAAUGUGUGAAGCGAUUGUUUGGUACUACCCAAGAAUGGAUACCUACGACCUGUGCGCAUCCAGUUAUGAGACUGAUGCACAUAUUAGAGAAUUUGGUGUGACACAAUAUCGCACCGAGGUGACGCCAAUGUUGGCCAAGUAUAUUAUUGAAGCACCACCCUCUCUUGAGGGAGAUUUCCAAUCAUCCAUCAGCUACAAGUUUAACUGGACACAAGAGUUUCUAACCGAAUUUACUCAGAAGCGGAGAUACGGAAUUCAGAGGGGCUCAUGCAUGAAACGGGGUGGCGAUAAUAGUCUAGAGUUUGAUGUCAGCUAUCCCGCCGAUUUUGUGGAGUAUGUGCCCGAUGAUGGUUGUCAGGUUUAAGAGAUGCAUUACAUCAUACAUGUACACAAUUGAAUUGGAUCAAUUGUAAACACAUAUUUACAUAAUUUGGGAAAUAAAUUAACUUUCAUUGUA